CUCAGAAGCUUUUGGAGUCGUGCGACGUAGAUGCGUUUCUCCCGGUAAAAUCGACCUGUACCAGGUGGACGGAUGUCCCCGUCGUCGGCAUGGCAACCUCCGUCGGGCCGCGACGGCACAACAAAUAUGAACUGCGCCCGAGGUGGCCGCGAUCGUCGCCUGACGCUGAUCGCAAUUCUUUUCGCGAGUCUCACGAGUGCGUUCCACGCGAACAAUGGGGUACUCGAGUACUGGAGGCCGGCCGCGUGCAAACACGACGAGUACUUCGACGCGGUCUCCCUGUCCUGCACGCGAUGCAACGCCAGCCGGAAUCUCGUGCCGGCCGCGGACCGUCUGCGAUGUCGGUGCGACGAGUUCAGCGAGACGAUCGGUUUCGAGAACGGCAGUCCGCUGUGCGCCGCGUGCGGCCCCAACAUGACAGCGACCGCCGACGGAAAGGAUUGCGUCCUGCGCCCGAAUGAAACGUGCAAAUGCUCCUCGAACCAAAUAAGACUGGACCGAAAUGUAAAUGGCGCACUGCUGGAUGCUGUGCUCUGCGUAACGUGCGUCGAGGGCACGUAUCCGUCGCCCGAUUGCUCCAAAUGCUUGCCGUGCGGCAACCGCGAGAACAGCGGCCACGUUAAUUGCGUGUGCCCGGGCGCGACACACGUGAGAAUACAAAAUUAUUGUCUGCACAAAGACGACGUCGCCGACUGGCCGGACAUCAGAAGCACGUAUCUGAUGAAGUUCCGCAGCGGGCACGUCGACAGUUAUUAUCUGAGAAGCGAACUGCAAAUCGCGGCGCAUCUCUGUAAGAGGAGAGACAGGAUGGCGUGCGAGCAUUUGUCGAACAUAUGCGCCCUGACCCUUUACAGCGACGGUGUAGCGUGCAUGUUUUUUAUGCAUACGCCUAUGGCACCCGUAUGGUUGUUUUACAGUAGACAAGACGCGGCGGCGGUCAUAAACAACACGAGGAUAUCCGAGAGAUACAGCCUUAGAAAAGGAGAUAAUAAUACCAUCCUCGAUUUCACGAUCGCGAGAUUCGCGUUGAACGGCAAAUUCUUGUCCAUCGGCAGACCGACUCUACCCUGCCAAUUUCUGAGGAACGUGAGGUUCGGGGUAAAUUUCAGCAAAAGGUGUAAAAUCACCGCUGCUGAAUUGCUCAACGCACAAGUAGAAUUGCUGUCUCCUUACUUAGUGUUUAGAGAGGACAAUAAAUCGUUUAUACACGCAUUACCUGUGAUCAUUAAGUCGCCAGAUCAGAAUAUUAAGGAAAUUUCGCAUCAGCAAUUGGUGCGGAAGUUCUUUCUGGUCGACAAUGUAAGCGGUUUCAAAGCGUUACCGUCGUUUACGCACAAUGGAUUCACGAUGGCGCCAGAGCUUUCCGCGCUUCGUUGCAUGAAAUCUCUGACCAUUUUAGUAAACGUUCAGAACGGGAAAGAUCACGGCAAGAUCUUCGCGCCCGUUCUGAUCGUGGAAUACGGCGAGCUGACGUAUCAAGACUUCCUCGACAAUUCCGAUGUCACGAUAGAUUACAAAGUUGCAUUUGUACUGAAGGAUAACGAUAUAGAUUAUAAUAUUCAGGUGACUAUCGGAGUGUUUACGGCAGUAGCAUUGAUAUUUUCCAGUGUCAAGGCGUGGAGUUAUUAUAAACGUAAUCACAACGGCAAUCUCAGCAUGGCCGUUUUAUUGUGGUUCCUGAUCUACGCCAUGGGCGCGGUUGGAAACGCGAUCACGUUUGUGUGCAUCAGUACGUCUGUGUAUCUGUUCGUCUUUUACAAAGGCCAAACCGUACCGUACGUCCUCCUUCCCGACGAAGAUAGCGAGGAAAAGAUGCGAACGUACAUUAUCGUAGCAUUUAGCUUUAAAAUUGCAGAAAUGAUAGGAUUCGUCUAUCAGCACUGGGGUCUGAGCGUGUUCUUCAUCGACUGGGAGCAACCGAGGACCGUACACGACCUACCGAAGUACGACUCCCCGCAUACUUCCUUGCGGAAGUCGUAUUCCAACAGAUUUCCCAAGGGCGAGAGCAAAUCUUCGAGGAUAACGUCGGACGUCAUCGCGUCCAAGCGGAGGAGGCGAUUGCAGAGGACCACGAACAGAAACGCAAGCCCCAGCGAAAUGUCCAGGUCCUCGUCGACCGAAAAGUACACGCCGGACUUCUCCUCCGUUUGCUCGAUCGCGAGAUCGCCGCUGCAGGAGGCGACCGAGCGCGGCCACGCGCACGACUUCCCGAUCAGCGUCUGGAGGACUUACUACAUCGCGAACGAAUGGUACAAACUGCUGACCAGAAGAAGGAUAAACGUAGCGUUGCAAUCGAUUUACACCCUGUGCCUCCUGCAGAUAUUCGAUUUGAAGUCGUGGAUGCUCGCGAUACCGGACUCGACUAUCGCCGGGAGAUCUACCGAGGCGGAGAACAAUUUCACGCUGCAAUUCGCAAUCUGCACGUUCGUGUACCUGUCCAUUUAUCUCGCGCAGUGGCUCGUUCGCUUCACGUUUUACGAGAGAUACAUUAGAAACAGACUGCACAAGUUCGUGGAUCUAUGCUCGAUCGCGAACAUCAGCGUGUUCAUCAUGGCGCACAAUUAUUACGGCUUUUAUAUCCAUGGAAGAUCAGUACAUGGAUUUGCGGAUACCGAUCUUCCCACUUUGAUAAACGAUCUCAGGAAGGAGGAGGACGACCUGUGCGCGCACAGAGGCCUGGUGCCCGGCACAAUCGACCAGACUUUUAUAUUGUCGUUGACCGAAUCGUUUAGAUCGUUGUACGACGAGCUUAUGAGGCAAAAGAACAAUGGAGGCGUGGGAAUUUUUAAAGGAGGCGACACACCUUCCAGAAAUUGGAAACAGUUAUUUGAAACGAAGUCAAAAGUCAGGCUCUUUCUAAUGCAGUUCCUGGAUCACUGUUCGGAAAAUGAAGAUUAUAUAAUCAAGGAGCAGCACAUAUUAGAAAAGUUGUGCGACGUUCUUUUCGCAGAUGCCAAGGACAAAUCCGUUUUCUACAUCGGUAUCAGAAAACUGCCAAGAUCUUUAGUGACAGAAUGCUAAUUAAGACAUUGUCG